UUUUGACACGGAACUUUCUUCAAUGAAACGAACGUGACGUGUCUUUCGUAUUUAUUUCAAACGUGACGCGAAAUAUCCCAAAGAUUUCCAUAUUCCAAUCGCCGCGACUGAUUGGAGCGAAUCGAAAAAAUAUUUCUCCAGAAAUUCCUACUAUUCAUCACAUCGAUAUUACAGGUGCACAAUAAAAUACAUCAUUAUUAUUAUCUACCGUAAAAAAUAAUGGUUAAGCGAUUAAAAAUGUCGAAAACAGCGCCGGAUUAUCACCGGACGGCCGCAGUACCGGCAGUACCGAUUUCCUCGCCGAUGAAAAUGCUGCUGGGACGAUGCCUCGCGCUACUGCUCGUCUCCAGUUUCGCCUCCAAAGCUUCUUCCAAGAAAUGCAACGUGGGCAUCAUCAGCGUCACAGAGGGUCGCUUGGUGGGGAAAGAAUUCGAAACCAACAAGGGCACCGAGUUCUUCGCCUUCCUGGACGUUCCCUACGCCGAACCGCCGGUGGGGAGGCUCAGAUUUCAGGAGCCGGUGCCUAUAAGAAAAUGGCCGAAGAUUUUGAACGCGACGGCUAACAGGAGGAUCUGCGCGCAAUUCGAUCCCAACGUCAGCGGGAGAGACGCCAGAGAAACGGAGGAUUGCCUGGUCCUGAACGUCUACGCACCGGCAGAAACGCUCUGCGAUGCGGAACAAUCCUCCUCGCCCGUUCUGGUGUUCGUUCACGGGGGAUCCUUCCGGUCGUGGGACGGCGCUAUGGGCACGUUCGGGCCGCAGUAUUUCAUGGACGAAUACGUUGUAAUGGUGUCGAUGAAUUACCGCUUGGGACCUCUGGGGUUUCUCAACACCGGCGACGAUGUGAUACCGGGAAAUUUGGGACUCAAAGACCAGCUGCUGGCGCUUAAAUGGGUAUCCAAAAAUAUCAAAUACUUCGGGGGCGAUGCCGAUAGGGUCACUUUAAUGGGACAGAGCGCCGGGGCGAUGAGCGUGGGCUACCAUUUGCUGAAUCCUCAAAGCAAAGGAUUGUUCGGCGCGGCUAUAAUGCACAGCGCGAGCCCGCUCUCCUGCGCAGCCCUGCAGAAACACCCGCUCGACGCGGCCGUUUCGUUGGCCUCAGAAAUCGACCAAAGCCUCUCGAAAUCCUCCAACACCACCAAAAUCUUGGAUAUCCUGCAAGCUGCGACGCUUGAGCAAAUCCAACGGGCUGCACUCAGUGCAAAGUUACCUAAUAACAAGAUGAAUUGCCAGUUGAUCGGCUCGCUGAUGUGGACCCCGAGCGGGGAACCCCCCGGAGCGAAGAAUCCGUUGGUUACGGGAAUGAAUUACGAUAAAGCGAAGGCUGGCCAGACGCUUUCCGUGCCGCUACUUAUCGGCGUGAAUUCGCAGGAGAGUUUAUAUUACGGAACGAGCGGGAUCCCUCUGGUGGCGAAACUCUACGACAUGGACCCUUCGCAUAUGAUAGACGAAAACUUGAACAUCGAUAGGAGGAAGAAACGCGUCGCAGGACAAGCUCUUAAGUAUCUCUACACGCAAACAACGUUCUCUUCUAACAUGUCCGCGGUAAUCGAUUUUAUCAGCGAUAAUUACUUCAACGUGCCCACGAUGGCGUUCGCUUCCUUCCACUCGCAGCAUUCGGUCGUCUACGCGUACCAGUUCGCCUACAAAGGCCCCCUGGGCCGGCUGAACAGCACUUUUCCAGGUGUUGGGCACGGUGAAGAGUUGAAUUACUUGUUCCAAAAUUCGUACAACGAAGAUCUGUCCAGGUUCCCCGAGGAAGAUGUCGCCGCGCACGAGCGCGUGAUGGUGUUGUGGUCGCAGUUUAUCAGGUCCAGUUUUAGGCAUCCCACGCAUAGCCCGAGCGAUCUUUUGGAGCAUGUGCAAUGGCCGAUGUUCCAGGAGAAAAACUUGCUGCAGCUUCGCAUCGAUAGGGAUUUGACUGUUGAGAAGUAUACCGGGAAGUUUAGGAAUUGGAUGAAUAUUGUGGAUUUGUUCGGCCAACCGCAAAUAGAUACUUUCUAGUUUUAGAGAAAAAAAUUGUCGAUUUAUUCGGGUAUACGAAAAUAGAUGUUUAUACAGUUGCAUUUAAUUUUGUGUAAAAAAAUACUUUGUGUAGGUGGUAUUGUGAUUGUGACUUAUUAAAAUUUAAUAAAAACUCG